AGGCUCCAGACACCAGGAGAACAACAAAGUACAGCUGGAGCUUCUCGGUGAACUUGGAAAUUUCCUUGUGUUUUAUCAACUGAUGCGCACACCACCCCUGACAAGCUUUUACCUCUGCUGCGCAGACGAUGCACAUUGACAUGCUUCUCCUUCAAAUUCUUGCUGUGGUCCUCCUGCCAGGAGCUUGGAGCCAGAGCAGCAUCAACACACUUGGCGUUGUGGUGGAGGCCAAGAACAUCACUCUCCCCAUGGGAUCGAAGGCGGCGCUGCCAUGCCACAGCCCCCGCAUGGUGUGGACCCGGGACAGACUGAAGGACCGUCAGAGGGUGGUUCACUGGGACUUGGUCCGCACCACCCCAGAGUACUCUGUUGAGCGAGUCUUGGACAUGUCACCUGGAGCCCGCCAGAGGGUUUACAAUGGCUUCAACAAGGGACGCAUUUCCAUCCCAGACUCUGCUUUCAAUGAUGGCAACUUCUCCCUUAUCAUCAACAAUGUGGUGGCAACAGACAAAGGCGUUUAUACUUGUAAUUUACACCACCACUACUGCCAGAUUCACCAGUCCAUUCAAAUCCAGGUCAAUGUCACUAAGUCAGCGCGGAGAGAGAAACGAUACUGGGAUGGGGAGAAGACUGUGUUUGUGGUCUUGUUGGGAAGCUCAGUGGUGUUGCCUUGUGUCAACCGGCGCCCCCUGUGGAGAGAGGGCCUCCAGGAGGACCAGCAGCAGGUGGCUCACUGGGACUUCCAGCCCCCUGGAGUGCGUCCUGACAGGGCAGACCGGCUGGUGGACCUCUAUGCCUCCGGAGAGCGCCGUGAUUACGGGCCUCUCUUCUCCCAGAGCAAGAUGUCCGUGGCAGAGGAUGCUUUUACAUUAGGGGACUUCUCACUGUACAUCUCCGACUUGAAGCCAGUUGAUAAAGGCCUUUACUCCUGCCACUUGCACCACCACUACUGCGGUCUGCAUGAGAGGCGUAUCUUCAGACUCAGCGUGGGACCUCCGCUUCCGUCCGAUGCCACCACAGCACCAAGGAUUUUCCAAAAUGACGAGCCAGAGCAAAGGACCGAAGAGGUGGAGAGUCCGCGCGUGGUGAACGUCUUCCUCCCCGAACAUCGAAGUUAUUUUGUGCAGCAUCUGGGCUACUUCUUGGCUACAUUCUUUCUACUGGCAUUCAUCGCAGUUGCCGUCAUUCUGCUGACUCGACGACGUAAAAAGAGAGGGCUGGACUAUGAGCUACGUAGAUCUGUAGAUCAGGGGAAUGUGAUCAGUGGAGGUGAAAUCGCAUUAGAAUGCACAGAGAUGAGGACCUACAACCAGGAUACUUUGAAUUCAGACUACAAAAACAACCUGCUGAAAGAGAGAGGAAUGGGAAAAGACUGCAAUAAGGACUUUGAUGGGAAGAUGUGGAAGUGAGAGUGAUAUUUCUGAGAAGCUGCUGGCAGGUCCAGGGCAAACACCGGAUGAGUCAAAGACCACAGAGAGAAAGGAAGAAAAAAGGGAAACCGAAGAGAGGACAGGAGGAAUGCUCCCUCUGCUGUAACCCUAGCACACUAAGCUUUUUCACUAAAAGGCCUCAUCAGUUUCUUUUUACAUGUUAUUUUUGAUAUAACUUGCAUUUUCACCAGCUGUUAUAACAAUACGGUUAAACAUGUAUAUGAACCUUACCCUUUCAAGUAACUGAUUUAUGUUAAAACCAGGCAUUUUUUUAUCUUCCUUUCAAAUAUGUUUUUUUAUUAAAUGCAUGCUGUUUAUCAAGGUCUGUUCUUUGUGUACUGUGCAUGCUUACAGCUCUGCAAGCUCACAGCUUAUUAAUUGUUUAAAUUUGAUCAUUUUUCUUUUUUUUUGCACAGAUUUCUGCUGUACUGUAAUUUUUAAAGGUUCAUUCACUGUUUGGAAGCAAGCGCCACACAUUUCAAGUUAAAGAUAGUAUGAGAUGUCAUUUGUGGGUUUUCAUUUGACAUUUACUUAACGGUAGAGCACUUAUAAAAUACUUACAUUCAAACACGUUUGCUUAUUGAUAAUUUGUCAGGCGCAGAAUAAUGAAAUGGAAACUCAGGAAAAAACAAAAACAAUAAAAAACAAACACAUAUUUGAACCAUAUUGUUUUGGGACGUGCAGUACUUUUUUGCAGCAAGCCCGUACUGCAGGAUGUACCCUUGCUUUUUAGAACACUGAAUUUUCAUUAGCUACUCUGCACGUCAAAUAUACAGUCGCAUACCUGUUAAAACUGUGUGGCAUUAAUUCUGUCAUAAUUGCAAUAAUUGCAAUUGUAUUUGAACCCAUCUUUGUUUCCAAGGUGCCUGUCUCUUGCUCACCUGCACACACUCUGGUCUCCUCGAAUAAAAGGUUUAACCAUUAAAGAGCGGCCACAUUUGCUGGAAUGGGCUCCAAUGUUAGGCCAUUAGAUGAAAUAUUUGGCGACUGGAAGAAAGGGGAAUUAUAAUGAAUGUAGAAGAAGUGAGUGAGACAAAGAAACAGCCAUAGACAUUGUUUUCUGAGUGAAAUAAAAGAUUAGUUAGUGCAUUUUGCUAACGCACAACCAAA